AGUGUUGGUAUGACAUUGUUGAAGAAAAACUGGCCACCGAGUCGAGAUGAAAAACCGUAUCGUGAGAUUGUCGAUAUAAUUCAUGGAACCAUACCUGUGCCACAUCCCAUUGAUCUCAUUAUUGAUACACCCGAAUUUCAACGAACUCGUCAAAUUAAGCAGUUGGGAAUCACAUUUUCGGUUUUUCCGAACUGUGAUUAUAGUAGAUUCGUGCAUUCACUUGGAGUUUUUCAUCUCUCACGACUCUUCGUGCAUGCGUUGGUUGAACGUUCACGGAAAAUUGUUGAAAUAACACCCAGCGAUGAAUUAUGCGUUUCAAUCGCCGGACUCUGUCAUGACCUCGGUCAUGGAAUAUUGUCACAUUUGUUUGAUAGAGAUUUCUUGACGAUAGCGAAUCCAUCUGCAAAAUGGCGGGUAUGA